AUGUCGGCCAGUGGCUAUGCCGUCAAGCACAAGGAGCGGCAGGCGGAACGGGUGUCGUCGGCGGCCAGGCCGGGCCGUCGCCCUGCCGCCGUCGGGCUGUCGGCGGUGCUGGCCCAACAGCCGGGCAGCUUCGAUGGCAAGAAGAUUGCGGCGGUGGACAAGAGCAUAGCCUCCCUGGAUGCCCUCCCCGAGCGCUAUGCUGCUGUCAAGACGCUGUACGUCAGCAAGAACAGCCUGCGCAGCCUGGCGGGCGUCGAGCAGUUCCGCGGCCUGCGCGCGCUGUCGGCCGCCGACAACGAGCUGGGCGACCUCGAGUGCCUGCGCGCCCUGCCCGCUGCGGGCAUCGCCCUGGAAGCCGCCAGCUUCGAGGGCAACCCCAUGGCCGACCUGCCCAACUACCGGGCCCACGCCAUCGCCACGCUGGGCCCCUCCCUGGCCAUGCUGGACAACCGGCCAGUCGGCGAGGAGGAGCGGCGGGCGGCGCCGGGGGCCGUGGCGCACGAGGCCACCAUGCUCGCGCUGAUGACCAGCAACGCCUGCCUGGUGCACAAGCUGGGGCGUGCGGUGCAGCUGGUGAAGCUGCAUUGCGAGCUGCAGUGUGCGGUGCUGGGCGGCCAGUAUGGGAGCGCCGCAGCGGCGGGCGCAGGCGCGGGGCCCGAGAGCCUUCCCGGCAGCAGCGGGCGCGGCAUGAGCCGCCUGCUGCAGCUGUGGGACGCCGAGGGCAGCCUGGGGCGCCAGGAGCGGCACGCCAUUGGGCUGGCCAUCCGGCGCGAGGUGGGGCGCCGCUACCGCAAGCUUGUGCUGGCGGGAGGCAAGCCAGAGGGCAGCAGCAAGCUGUGGCAGCAGGCAUUUGCCCAGGUGAUGCUGCUACAGCAGGAGACGAUUGCCAGCCUGAUGGGGAUGCUGGAGGAUGCCAAGUCGGAGGCUGCCGCCACGCUUGCGCCCAUCACGCGCCCUCCCUCGCCCACCAAGCGCGCCGCACUACAGGGGGAGCAGCAGGCGCAGGCCAGGGUGCGGCAGGACAGGGAAGCGCUCAUCCAGGACCUGAGGGACGCCUUCCUGGGCCUGGCAGAUGCGGCAGCCCACAGCAACGCCCCGCAGAGGGCUGCUCGCUACGAGGCUCGCAUCCGGGAGCUGCACGCCGCGCUGGAGGCGGCUAGCGGCACCGGUUCCAGCACGGUGCCCCAGCAGCGGCAGGCGCUCGAGGCACAGGAUGGGGAGGAGGCGGCGGCGGCGGGGCGAGGCCAGUGGGCCAUUGCUGCGAUGCGGCCCGCCUCUGCCGGGCCAGCACCGGCGGCAGCAGCGGUGCCGCAAGGCCAGCUGGGGGCAGCCAGGCUGAAGAGCGCCCUGAAGGCGCAGCGGGGUGACACCCACGGGCCUGAGCCUGCGCCGCGGCCCGCUUCGGCGCGCCCUGGAGGCAGCGGCGCCCCGGCGUCGGGUGAGCUGGCUGGGGAGCCUCGCCCAGGCACCGCCCCAGCAAGCAGGCAGCCCGGCGCGCCUGCAGGCCUGCGGCAGUGGCACGCCGAUGAUGGUCUGGCUGAGUAUGAACGGAUGGAGCAGGCGCGGUGCACGACGCCGCGGCCCUUCCAGGGUGCCUCCCAGGCUCCUGCCUCGAGCGGCCAUGCAGUGGUGGCCAGGGAGGGCAGCAGGCACCCUGCGCCCCGGCAGCCGCCCGUGGCAGCAGCCUCCAGGAGCAGCAGCCCGCAGCGCGCCCGGCCGGCCAGCCCCGGCCACCCCCUUCCUGGCAGCCCUUCAGCACAGUGGGUGCCCAACCCUCUAGCCUGCAGCAGCAACGAAGGCGACGCCUGCCCACGUGCUGAGAGCCCGCAGGACGGUGCUGGCCUGCACGCCAUCCUCCGCCUGUUGCAGCGCGAGGGGCGUGUCAGCCAGAUGGAGGCCCUCCAGUCCAUCAUGGCCCAGCACGAGACUGCCGCCGCCGAGCUGCAGGCGGCCAACCACCAGCUGGCGCUGGCGCUGCAGGAGGCCCAGCAGCACACCCGAAGCCUGGAGGGCCAGCUCGCCGACCAGCGGGCUGCGCUGGAGGAGGCGGCUGGGGUGGCGGCGGCACAGGAGCGGCGGCGGGAGCAGCAGCUGGAGGAGCUGGGGAGCCGGCUGGAGGAGGUACUGGCGAAUCGUGCAGCCCUGAGGGCUGACUUGCAGGCUGCGGCGGCAGAGCGGCAGCAGCUGGCGGAGCAGGCGCAGGCGGAGCGGCAGCGGCUUGCAGGCGAGGCGCAGCGCGAGCGCGAGGCGGCGGCUGCCACCAGCCGCCAGCUGGCAGCCAGGGUGGCGGAGCUGGAAGGGCGCAAGGCUGUAGAGCUCCGACUGACGGUAGUGUCGCAUGAGGCCGAGUGGAGGGCAGAGGCGGCGCGUGUGGUGGCCCUAGAGGCUCGGGCCGGCGAGCUGCAGGGGCAGGUGGCGGCCUACCAGCAGCAGGAACGGGUCGAGGCUGCCAGCUCUGCGCUGGCGAGCCGCGUGAUGCUGCGCCGCGUCCUGAUGCGCUGGCGCGAGGCGGCAGCAGAGUGCGCCUACCUUGCAGCCAUGCAGCAGGCGGCGGCCCUGCUGCGCCGCCGCACGCUGCUGGCGGGCUGGCUGGCCGCCUGGCGGCUGGCUGCGCGGCGCAGCCAGCUGGUGGCGGCCCGGGAGCAGCAGCGGCAGCUGCGGCGCGUGCAGGGCGCCUGGCAGGCCUGGCAGGCGUACUGCCAGGGGUGUGUGCUGGGGCGGGGGCUGGACGCCGCCGCCGGCAUGCAGCGGCAGAGCGCGCUGCUGCGGCAGUGCUUUGCGGCCUGGCUGCGGCGCACGGCGGCCUGCCGGCAGGUGGAGCUGCCUGCGCGGCACCCGGCGGUGCGGGCGGGCGCCCAGCUGCAGCGCCACCGCCUUCUUCGCAGCUUCUUCGGCAGCUGGAGGGGGCACAUGCGGGAGCAUGUGCUGCCGCGCCUGGCGGCGGUGCAGGCCCUGGCUGGACGCCACUUCCUGCAGCGCCAGCUCUCCUGCUGGCGCCAGGCGGCCUCGAAGGCCAAGCGUGAGCGCACCGCCGCGCUGCGCGGCGCCCUCACCAGCCGUGCCCUGCUGCUGCGCCGCGGGUGGCGCGCGUGGCGCCUGGGAGUGGCCCAGCAGCGGCACCAGGCUCAGCAGCUGGCGCAAGUGCAGCACCGCCGCCGUCUGGCGACGCUGGCGGCCUGCUGGGAGGGGUGGCAGGAGUGGACGGCGGUGUGCCGCGGCAUGAACCGUCGGCGGGACGCGCGGCUGCUGGCGGCGGCGCUCCAGGCCUGGCGGCGCGCCGCACAGUGGGCCGAGAAGAGGAGGAUGGCUGCUGCCUUUAGCCAGCGGUGUAGCCAGCGGCGGUUCCGCGCCUCGCUGCGCGCCUGGCGCGCCGCGGUGGCUGCCCGGCGGCAGCGCACGCACCAGCUGGGGCAUGCACGGGGGCUGCUGCGCCGCCGCUUGCUGGGCAGGCUGGUCGCGGGCUGGCGGCGCGCGGCCCUGGCCGGCAAGCUGUGUGCCACGCUGGGAGUGGUGGCACAGCUGCAGGCGGCUGUGCAGGAUGUGAGCCGCGAGCUGCAGAGCAAGGCCGGAGAGGUUGAAGCUCUGGAGUGUGUGCGGGUGGAGGUGGAGGGGCAGGCAGAGUGCCUGCACCUGCAGGUGGAGUCGCUGGAUGGCGACCUGGCGACAGCUCAGCGCCAGGUGGCGGAGCUGCAGGCGGCGGCGCACCUGGCGCAGGAGCAGCACCGCGACACGGCGCAAGCGCUGGAGCGCGCCCUGGCUGCGCAGGCCGCGGCAGAGGCAGCCGGCGCUGCGGCGGCGGCGCAGCGGGAUGCUGCCGAGGCGGGCAGGGAGGCGGCAGAGGCGGAGCGGGCGGCAGCGUGUGCUGCGCGCGAUGCCGCCGAUCGGGCCGCACAAGACGCCUGCGCCAAGGCAGAGGCCGCGGCCGCUUCGGCAGCCACGGCGGUGGCGCAGGCGGCUGCCGCCUCUGCGGCUCUGGAUGCGCUGGUCGGGGAGCACCAGCAGGCCCAGGAGCAGCUGCGGCAGGCGCAGCAGGAGCGCCAGGCGCUGGCUGCUGACCUGGCGCAGGCGCUGGAAGAGGUGCAGCGCACUGCGGGCCUGCUGGCAGGCUUGCAGGAGGAGUGCGGCAGGCUGCGGCGGGCGCGGGAGCAGGCAGAGGCGAGCUGCGCUGAGGCUGCCGCGGAGCAGGCUGCGGCGCUGAGGCAGGCGGAGCGGCUGGCGGCGCUGUGUGAGGAGCAGGAGCAGCGGGGUGGGCAGCUGCAGCAGCAGGUGGCUCACCUGCAGGGAAUGCUGGGCAGCCAGGGCGCGCUGCAGGAAGAGCUGGCUGCGCUCGGGGACCGCAACCGCCAGCUGUGCGCCGACAACGAGAGCAUGCGGGCGCAGCUGGAGCGCUUUGCUGCUGCGGUGCAGCAGGGGGAGGAGGAGCACGGCCGCCUGGAGCAGGCGGCCGGCGAGCUGCGGCGCGAGGGGCAGCGCCUGCAGGAGCGGGCGCAGGAGGCUGAGGCCGAGGCCCGGCAGCUGGCCAAGCUGGCCGACAGCUUGCAGGGCGCCAAGACGUCGCUGGAGGGGCAGCUGGCGGAGGCGCAGGGCGAGGCCUCGGCGGCGGCGGCGGCACGCCAGGCGGCCACCGCCGCGGCAGACGCCCUACGGCAGGAACGCGACGGGCUGGCCGCUACCGUGCAGCAGCUGCAGGAGGGCAACGUGGGGCUGGAGAGCGCAGUGGCGCGGCUGCGGGGCCAGCUGCAGCAGAGCAACGGUGUGCUGGACUCGUGCCGGCAGAUGCUGGGGGAGUGCUGCUCUGCGCGCGCCGCCGCCGACGACCAGGCGGUAUCCCUCAGCGAGCUGCUGCGCUCGGUCAAGGCCGACCAGCUGCUCAAGGAGGCUGCCAUCAAGGCGCUGACGCGGGAGAACGCGCAGCGUGGGGAGCGCCUGCGCGCCCUGCAUGCGCAGGUGGAGGCGCUGUCGCAGCAGGUGCUCGGCGGCAGCCAGGCCGGCGCCCACUCCCACUCCCAGCCGCCCCCGCCGCCGCAGCCGCCCCCGUACGGCCGCCUGGCGCCAGCAGCAGCGCCAGCUGCCAGCCCUGGGUCCAGCUGGGCUUCCGCCGGGCCGGGACCGCGCGCCACGCCUGCACCCGGCAGCGGCAACGCCUCUGCGGCAGCAGGAGCAGGGGGUGCCAGCCCCGGCGGGAGCUCGGUACAUCAGCAGCCCCGGAAGCAGGAGGCGCCGGCCUUUGCCUUCCCGGCGGCAUCUGGCUCCCCCGCGGCAUCCUACAUCCCGCUGUCAGCACACCAGCAGACCAGCCCACGGUCCGGCAGCGGCGGGGCAUCCCCAGGCCCCGCAGGCUCUGCUGGCAGCAGCGCCCGUGGGGGCGGCGCCGGCCCCCCAAGCAGCGCCACGCUUGCCCAGCUGCUGCCGCCCCGCGCGCUGUCCCCUGGCGGCUACGGGCCUGGCGAGCCGCCUCCCUCGCUGGCGCCUGAACUCAGCGAUCAGCGGCUGAGCUACCUGCUAGAGAUGGUGGUGCAGAAGCGCAUCACCGCCACGCUGGCGCAGCAGGUCAUCAAUGCCGCGGCAGAGGGCGACGCGCGGCCGCUGCUGCAUGUCCUGGACUCUGCGAGGCGGCGGGUGGAGGGGCAGUCCCUGCCGGCUGCCGCCGGCCCGGUGGCAGAGGAGGAGCUGUCGGCGGCGCGGCAGCAGAUACAGCAGCACCUAUGCCAGCAGCAGCCCCACUCCUCGCCUUCUGGAUGGCCCUAG